AUGGUUUGCUCCUCGUUGAUUCAUCACCUUCUUUCAUAGGUUCUGCGUUAAGGUCGUAGGAAUUUCUCACAGUUUGAAAGCCGAGUAUGCAAGGAUUCAUGGUGAAUGAUUUUUCUAAAUCAUCGUGAGAUCUUACGAGUGAAAAAAUGAAGUUGAGAUGUAGGGCUCGACUUGGAAGAACUUCUGUCGGACGGUGGCUACAAGGAGAAGUACCGAAAAGAGAUGAUUGAGUGGGGAGAGCAGAAGCGAGCCGUCGAUCCCGACAUAUUCUGCAGGUUUGUUUAAUUCGAUAAGUACCACUCCGUUUUCGUUCUUGUCAUGCUUUCUAUAGCCGAUUCAUAGUUCGCUUCAACCAAAGUCGAAAAACCGAGGCUUAAAAAGGUGAUGAAAAUAAAGGAGGAUUGUUAGAAGAAAGAGCCAUGUUUUCUAUUUUACCAGUAAGUUAGAGCGAAAUCUCCGGCAGUACUGUAGUGAAGAGUUCUGAAAAGCCGCAGGAAGGUAGGAUAGAAAUUUCAAAAAAAAAAAAAAGAAAUUCAGAAUCCUUUCUCUCGGUUUUAAAGCUAUUUGGGAGAAAGACCGUCUUUUAUACUAUUCGACAACGAACUCUGUUUCCAGAGCAGCCAUUGCGGACGGCUCCUCGGCUGAGGUCGUCAUAGUGACUGACUGCCGUCGCCAAACAGAUAUGGACUUUUUCCUAGGCGGCUUCAGGACUUUGACGGUGAGGAUUGAGUCGACGGCCGAGGAACGAUGCCGCCGCGGCUUCCGAUUCACCGCCGGUAUCGACGACGCCGCUUCAGAGUGCGGCCUCGACGACUUUCCUUUUGAGCUCACUGUCCAGAAUUCCAUCUCUCCUGACGAUCAGCUUGAGAUGAUCGCGUCCAGAGCAAAACAUUUAUUAUCGAAUUUAGAGGACGUUUGA